AUGUCCGCAGAUUUGUUGGCGGAGUUCGGCCAGGGUUCUGGUCAUGCCCAAGGCUCCCAACGCCCAACUCAGACAGCACGACCAUCAACGAACUCCCUAAUCGACGGAUUUGACCAAUCAGAUGAUGUUUUCUUCGGUGAUGCCUCAGAGAACUCACAGAGUCGACUGCAAGGUCCUCAGGUAAUAUCACAACAAAGUCACUAUGCGCCCGCAGCCGCAGCUCCCCGCCAGCCUGCUGCCUAUCAAGCAUUUGAUCUUCCUCGGCCGCAUGACAGUGAUGUGCUAUUCGAUGCAGCAGAGGAUACGCCUGCCAGCGAGGCUGAUGAUGAUGACUGGGGUGACUUUGAAGGUCCAGAUGCCACUCAGCAGAGCCAGUCCCAGCAAUCAGCAGUUACACCACAAAGUGUGCAGACAACGGCGCCAAGACCAGCACCAGCAGCACAAGCUUCCUACAAUUCAGGCCUCGCUGGAACCGUCGACUUACUCGGUGGACUUUCAAUAGCUGAAACCACCCCGGACCUCGUUCAACAAAUUCAACAUCCAACUGGUAAUCCUUUAUCUCAACCAGGAUGGGACGACGACUCGUUUGGGGAUUGGGGCGAGUUCACCGAAGCUCAAUCCGCAAAGCCAGUUCCACCCAAGUCUUCUCAGCCGCCAGUCCAAAGGAAUACACUGUCCAAGUCAUUACUCGAGGAUGACUCCUUUGGAGAUUGGGGUGACUUUGCAGAUGGACCAUCCGCCAACCCAUCACCACCAAAGCCCUCUGCGGAGAAGCGGACAUCUAUAAAAACCGCCACCCAAAAGAAAACCAGUAUAUCAACCAAGGCUACACCCUCUAUAAAGCCAAGGGCUCCUAUUCAAACCAAACCUUCCACCAGACCCAAGCCUGAACAACCAGCCUGGGAAGACGACGCCUUCGACGACUGGGCCGACUUCACCGAUGGCCCAGCACCAUCUAUCCCCAAACAAGCCUCAUCCCUCCCCUCGCCAUCACCAUCAACAACCACAAAACCAACCCCCUCCCCACAAAGCUUCACAACAAGCACACCAACCAUACCCAUAACAGUCCGACCAACCAACAUCCCACCCCCCUCCAUCCUCCUCGAACACCUCCUAACGACAACCCUCCCAACCCUCCAAAAGUCCGCCCAAACUGCCCAAACCCUCCCCAACACCCCCCAAAAACACACCACAGCCACGCAAAUAACCAACACUCUCCACACAACAGCCCGCAUAAUCGCCGGCCGCACCCACCGCUGGAAACGCGACACCCUCCUCGCCCAAAGCAUGCGCAUCGGACCCGCCCGCGCCGGCAAAACAGGCGGCAUGAAACUCAGCGCCGUAAACAAACACGAAGACGUUAAAGAAGAGCAAGAUGCCGUCGACGUACUAAGCUUAUGGCGCGAGCGGGCCGCGCUAUUCAACGCAGUCGUACAGGCUGCGGGGCUGAAACCUAUUCCGGUGGUUUCGGGCCCGGCGGUGUUGAAGGUUGUUGUUGUCAGGGCGGAGCAAGGGGGGAUUAAGGCGGGUCAUGCGUGUGCGCUUUGUGCUUUGAGGAGGGAUGAGAGGAUUGUUCGGGUUGAUGAGGAGGUUGUGCAGGAUAGUUUUGGGGAGUGGUGGACGGAGCAUUGGGGGCAUACGGGGUGUAAGGUGUUUUGGGAGGAGAAUCGGGGGUUGUUGAUGCAGCGAUGA